AUGAAGAUUCCAAUGCCAGUAAUCUUAGUGAAUGAUGAGGACGAAACCGACGAUGUUUCGGUUCUCUCCACCUGCGAGGGCGAGGGACCCUUGAAUUCCUCGAACUUCUCUCGAUGGGCUCGAAAUGGAGGUAGAGCAAAUACAGCGAACUUUUCUCGAUGGGCACGAAACGACUGCAGGAGUGAUCAAGGGCUGCCCAAUCUUCCCAGGCGACAGGACAGCCUGAUCCACGAGGCGAUUGAAGCUGAAGGUCACAGAGGCAGUCUCAUCGACAGGCCCAAAACACACCGCCAUCGCAACACAGUGCGAUGUGUGCCUCCUCGCGUUGAAAGAUAUCGCAUGGCAAAGGCACAGAAAUAUUCUUCCCUCUCACCUCUUGUGCUGGCAAGACAUGUGUCAUACUAA